AGAUCAAUGGCCAAUCCCUGCGCAGAGCGCCAAGUUCCUUACACAGAAUCAAAAACAUGGCGGAACAGAGUGCAGAAAUUGGCUUCAAAAAGGACACAGUAAGCAAACUCUUGUCAUGUUUCUUCAAGGAGGAAAAAACCAAACUAAGUGGGGAUGCUGCGCUGCUCAUGGCAGAGAUGCUAAAAAUAUUUGUCCAAGAGGCUGCUGUGAGGUCACAGAAACAAGCUGAAUCUGAGGACUGUGACCAAGUAGAUAUUGAGCACUUUGAAAAGAUCCUACCUCAGCUGCUGCUGGACUUCUAGCACAGUGAUGCCACAAGGUGGAGCCACAGUGCUGCCUUCAUGUCCCUACUGCAGUCCUACAGCUUCAGUUCCUGCAACUACAAGUUCAGUUUAACUGGUGUUUAUUUUUUCUUUAUAAAUGCAAUUUCAUAAUCACCCAAAUCUGCGAUUACACUAGAAUUUUCAUUCUGUAUUCAUUUGAGUUGUGUGAUUUUUAAGUAGAAAGCAGCAGUGCUGUCCACACUCCUCCAUCCCACCACCAAUAAGGCCCACCUGUGCUUCUCUGUGCAACAACAGGUGCUUCCAGCAUGCUCCAUGGCGCCCUUCAUCAAAGCCUCCUGGAGCAGUUGGAAGCAAUUAGAGUAAUAAGGGGAGCAGCCAGUCCCUUAGAUGAUGACAAGUGCCAGGAAAAAAGGAGUACCCCCUCCGGCCACUUUGAAGUUCCCUUUUGCUGUCCUGCGAUGUUUAGUUAGAGGUGGGGGGAAGGGCAAAGGGGACCUCUGGCACAGGGGGAAAGUUGAAUGGGAGUGUGCGUGCACGAAUGUGUGCGUGUGUUAGCCAAACAUGGCAAGAGACCACACGCAUAGAUAUUCUGUUUGAAAGGAAACAUAACAAAACACAUUGGAACAUGGUCCAAGAAGAGCAGGGUGUAAUUCUGAAGGUAAAUAAACAAAAGAGGCGAGUAGUAGAGGUGCUUUCUCUCCUUUCAUCACAGCAGAGGGGGGAAGUUAGGACUGCAAGGGAGAGAGUAAUGUGGGGUUUUCUAACCCAAGUGCCUCUGAUGGUUUUCCACCAGUGGUGUAUUUGACCAACGUGUCUUCACUAUGAGUCAGCAUAGCUGUACAACAUCUCACACUAUUUAUUUGUGUGGCUCUCGGGUGACUCACUGUGCUUACAAAUGCUGCUCAGAUACAGCUGGAAGCAACUUACACUUAAGUCAAGAGCCCAGGCUUUGGUAGGCGCUCAAGGACGCAGCACCUGGAAUUUGACCCAGCACCUUUUUAGUAUGGCCCAGAUUGGAUUCGUGUUUCCCACGAGUAACUUCAACAGCAGGCCUUCAGGAAGUUUGGUUGAGUGAUGUUUAGAUGAAUGAUGCUAUGAAAACCAUUAAAAACUACUUUUUGUGAAGAAAAUAAUUUGUAGGGUUAAUAAUUACAGUCUUUAAUAGCAGCAAGUCUUGCCCUCUAGUUUCAUUAAAUACUGUAAACUGCAGAGCCACUGCUUUGACGAACUGCUCAUUCAGUUGCAAUGCUGCAAGCUGACUCCCAUUUUAUUAGCAGAUACGGGACCUAAUGAUCUAAUUACAAAAACAAUACAUCCUCACUUAUUACAAUGGUAAAAUACACAUUUUAUUAUAUAGUAACUGUGGUGUAUAGCUUUUUGGAGGUUUACCAGAGCUGAGAUGGAUCCUCUCCAACCGUUAAUCCUUGCAGAUGAAAUAAAAACAAUUAUUCUCUUGGA